AUGUUGGUUUUUUUUUCAAUUGUAAAUAUAUAAGGAAGAAGAAGAAAUAAAAUAAAAAAUAAAAUAAGGUAAUGUAAUCUCUAAUUAAUCUGUGGUCUAGACUGUCAGGAAUCAACUAAGUUUGUGCAAUGAGUCACAAAAAUUGUAAUAACGCAAGGUGUUCACAAUGAUGUCAUUUUAUACAAGGUCAGUUUGACGACGCUAACUUGACUUUGUAUACAUUUUGUUUAUUAUGAUAUUUAUGGGUGUAAUGCAGAGAAAUGUGGGUGUGUCGAAGUUUGUUUAAUUCUGAUUAUAUGUGACAAAUGUGUAUAGGUAAUAAAUAUAAAAUCUAAAUUAAUAAAUGAAAAGUUUUAUAACAAAACAAAAGGUACUAAUUUUGAAGUAAUGUUACUUUUUGCUAAGUAAAGUCGUACAUAAUCAAUAAAGUCAAUUUUGGGGAUCCAAAUCUUUCAGGUCCAAGACAAAGGAAUGUGGAGAACUUGACCUCUAAAUAUCAUAUCAUAUACUCUCCAUUCUUUGGUCGUGUCGUAAAUGUGAAAUAAAUAAAUUACAUUCAAUAAAUAUCUAUUAUUUCAGUUAAGAUAACGUUUUCGUAAAUAGAACAAAACGAACGAUAAGUGUCGCCUACUUUUGUAAGGUAAACAAGUGAAAUGGACAAUAAUCGAAAGAGGUAUCUGUAUCACUGAUAAAUAUUAUCUGACGUGACCGUUGAUAACAAUACCCACACUCCAUCAUAAUGUUCGCGGCUCUCGGCGGAUCGCGACAUCGAGGACAUGCGGUUUCAUCACGUGGUUAUCGCCUUUAUGGCGUAUAGUUUUAAGGCCGAAGGUUCCUUGAUAUGUGAAAGUGACUUUUGUGUAUGCCAUCACAAUAACAAAAGUGAUCGCGAAGUUUUCGGCGAAAUCGUCGAAUGUUCCUACGACCCCAUACUUUUGAAGAGGAACUUGAGUUUACCGGAAACGGCGUAUACCCUGAAUUUGUCUAGGAACAGCUUAGUUGAUGUUGAAUUUUCGCUUGCACUAAAAUCUGAUACCUUGACAGAACUGUUUUUAAAUAGUAAUAAAAUAAAAAACAUUUCUCCAAAUGCUUUCCGUUUGCCCAAUUUAAAGAGGCUCGAUUUAAGCGACAACCAACUGGAGGUCAUCCGCGAGGGUACGUUCGAUCGGAUUCAGAAGUUGGAGUAUUUGAACUUGGCAAAUAAUAGAUUCAAUACUUUCGAGAAAAUAACUUUCCAUCACUUGUCAUAUUUGGUCGAAAUAGUUUUGGACAACAACGAUUUAGGUCCGAGCUUGGAAAACAAUAACCUAUUCGAUCGCAGUGGAUACGGAUUGACUCAUAAAAUCCAAUCUUUAUCUAUAAGCGGUAUCAACUUGGACACUGUUCAUGAAAAUUUCUUUGUUGACGCAUUCGACUUGAGACGACUCACCAUUUCUAAUAAUAGCUUAAUUAGCACGUUCGUGUUUCCGUUCACUUUGGAAUAUUUGGACCUGUCGGAUAAUCUCAUUACCGAGAUAUCGGAAGAAGACUUCACUGAAUUAUUAGCUUUAAAGGAGCUAAAAUUAAAUAACUUGUUGAUUAAGGAUGUGCCUGGAUUUGCGUUUGCAUCGCUGCAUUCUCUUGCACAUUUGGAAUUGGAAAGAAACCAAUUUUUGGUUAACUUUAGCGCAACUGCUUUUGGUCAAGAAGUACUAGAUGAUCCUGUUGAUUUUAUGCUGGAGACUCUGUCCCUCAAAGGGUCGAGGCUUACUUCUUUGGACAAGCGAUUGGAGGUUCCAUUUGGACAGCUCAUACGAUUGGAUCUCCAAGGAAACUUCUGGAAUUGCGACUGCAACCUGAAGUGGAUACAGAAACUGCAAAUACAUCCUGACCUUUAUGACCAUAUCAGAUGUUAUACCCCAAAACCACUCUACAACAGUCGGGUAUUCGAGCUCGACGAGAAGUACUUCACUUGCACGAAGGUACACCGCAGUCAUCGCGUCAUGGUGACGAUAUCCAUAAUUUCCUUCUGCCUUCUGCUCUCUUCUCUGGCUGUAUGGGUGUACAUGUUCCUGCCCAGAAACCAUACGAGAUGCGACUUCGCUAACGUAUAUUCUGGCGCCAGUUACACUGUACUACCAGUCCAUGUUAGUACUGUGAGAGAUCCGUUAUGAAAUUGUAUAAGUAAUAAAUAAGUUCUGUUAAGUUUUCCUUAUUGAGUCAUUUAGAAAUGUAAUUAUAUUGUUUUUAAAAGAGUAAGUAGGUUUUUACGAUAAUCUGCAAAUCAUACCUUAAUAACUUAAAUCGAAAUUAGGACAUAAUGGUUUUUAUUCAAAAAAACGAGCUCCAGACCAACGUGAAAGUGGGUUAAAAAUCGUGUUUUCCACUGUUUGUGUUUUAUAUUCUCAAGUUUUCAGUAAGUUUAUAUAAAUUUUCUGCUGUCAUCUGUCCUAUAAACGGGAUUAAUAUGUAAAAACCCUGAUAGGUAUUUAAUAGUCUAUCAUCAAUUGUUCAUUAACCCAUUUAUUAUUUAGUACAUUGAUUCAUGAUUGAAACAACAUUGUAGGUACUGCGAUUACUACGGUUCGCCAAGAGUAAAAAUUUAACUUUAAAAUUUUUUUUACGAGCUUAUUUAAGUAUGUAUUAUGAUUUUAUUACAAAUACGGUAUUAUUUAAUAGAUUUAAAUGUAACAUUAAAUAAUAUAAUUACAGGGAUGGAUAGCUAAUUUUAUCAUAUUGUACUUAAUAUUAAAUUAAAAUAAUUAAUAUAUAAUAAACUGUACAAAUAAACAACAUAAAUUCAGCUAUAGUUUUAUUGCGUUUUUAAGUAGGUACCUACUUUUAUUAUAAAAUCCGCCCUGUAUGAAGGGCGAGGUAUUCGCUCGCUUUGGUUUAACGAAAUUACAUAAAUAACGGUUUUUAGUUGAAAUAAUCUUACUACUUACUUGCUACUACCACUUCUGUAUUACUGCCACAUUACGUAAUAUGAAGAUACUUAUGUCAUUUUGUUGAAAAUACGGUGUUAGAUGUUUGCAUAAACGAAAAUAUGAUGAAAAACGUUGUAGUGACUCAUUUAUUGAAUGAUACAUAAUAACUCUGCUGGUGCAAUACUUUGGUUGUAGACUCUAGCUUACCGACAAAGACUUAUCACCAGGUGACUAAGCAUUUCGGUAUAAUGGCAUAUAGAAACCAUUAGAAGUAUGGGCAGAUUUCUUUUUAAAAUUUCCCGUUACUAUCUUGUGGCAGACGUCCACUGAUCCGCAUCGUACGCAGCGUAUCAAACGCAUUUUAGUAUUAUUUGUAUUGAAAGUCAAACAAGUGCGUCCACUGAU